AUUUUGUGGACUUCUCCUCAUCAUCAAUCAGUUACCUAUUGUGCCACAUUGUAGUUUUAACAAUAAUUCUACCACAAAAUACAUCGAAUUAAAUAGAAAUUUGUACAAAAGAAGACAAACAAACUCUACGAGGUACUACUAUGGACUUUAGUGUUAUGGCGCAGGGUGGCAUGGUGGUAACGCCCCACCAUCUAGCAUCUCAAACUGCGAUUAUGAUACUGCGGCAAGGUGGCACAGCGAUAGAAGCAAUGGUGGCAGCAGCCGCUACAAUAGCCGUUGUGUACCCGCAUAUGAAUUCUAUAGGUGGAGAUGGUUUUUGGCUUAUCGUACCGCCUAAUGGUGUCCCAGUGGCAAUAGAAGCAUGUGGAGCUGCAGGCAGUCUAGCCAAUCUAGAUUUCUUUAAAGAUAUGAAAUACAUACCUCAUAAGGGUCCAAAAUCUGCAAUAACAGUAGCUGGUACAAUUGGCGGUUGGGCAGAAGCACUAAAUUAUGCUACGGAAAAUGGCCACAAAACAAUUCCUAUAUCUGAAUUAUUAGCAGAUGCAAUAAAGUACGCAGAACAGGGAUUUCCAAUAUCAUCUAGCCAAGAACGAGGUAACAAAAGGUAUAAUACCACAUAUUCAAACAAGGAGUUCAAACAUACGUUUAAGCCAGAUAUCAUGAGAUUGGGUGACGUGUUGUACCAAAAAGAACUUGCAAAUACAUUGAAACAGCUGGCAAAUGAUGGCUUGGACAGUUUUUAUAGAGGUGAUUUAGCAAAAGUUUUAGUAGAAGACAUGGCUGCUCUUGGGAUGCCUAUAACUGAAGCAGAUCUUGCAAAUUAUAAAGCAAUUAGGAGAACACCAUUAAAACUACAGCACACAAGUGGAGAACUUUUUAAUUUACCUCCGCCAACUCAAGGUGUACUUUCGCUGUCUAUAUUGGGUAUGCUUGAUGAAUUACAUAUUGACGGUAAAAAUGAAAGUCAAUUUGUACAUGCUGCUGUUGAAGCUACAAAGCAAGCUUUUCUAUUAAGGGAUAAAUAUAUUACGGACCCUAAAUAUAUGACCGUAAAUGCUCAAUCGUUGCUUUCAAAUCAAUCAAUAAAUAAAAUGACCCAGCAGAUUAAUUUAGCUUAUGCAUCUUCAGAAGGAAAAGGAGUUGGUCCUGGGGAUACUAUAUGGAUGGGUAUAAUGGACAAUAAGGGCUAUUCAGUUUCAUUUAUUCAAAGCAUUUAUCAUGUCUACGGAAGUGGUGUAGUUUUACCAAAGACAGGGAUCUUGUGGCAAAAUCGUGGAAUUUCGUUUAAUUUAAAAAAAUAUCAUAUAAGAUGCUUAGAGCCGGGAAAGAAACCAUUCCAUACAUUGAACCCAGCAGCUGCCUUACUGAAUGAUGGCCGAAUAAUGAUUUACGGUUCCCGUGGAGGUGAUGGCCAACCGCAGUAUCAAGCUGCCAUCUUCCACAGAUACGUUGUUCAAAGGAUGAAUUUAGAACAAUCAGUGUUUGCGCCAAGGUGGUUAUAUGGACCAACUCAAGACCAUGAAAACUAUACGUUAGAAAUUGAGAGUAGAUUUAGUGAAGAAACAAUAAAUGAACUUAAAGCUUUAGGACACAAUGUCAAAUUGUUACCAGACUUUUCUGAGGAUGUAGGACAAGCCGGUGCGUUAGUCAGACACAAAAAUGGAAUCUUAGAAGGUGCUUGGGAUCCUAGAAGUAAUGGUUUUGCUGUUGGUUUCUGAUAUUUAGUGUUUGCAAAGAAUAUUAUAAAAAUGGAAUAUAAUCCACUUUUUACAUUUGCAAAUGAUUAAAUAGCUUCCUAAAUAUUACUUAUAUUAAAUAAUGCAAUACGUACAUAAGUUUUACAAAUCGCUCUUUUGUUUUGUUUGUAAUACUUUUAUUUAACAAAAUCUGAUCUGAAGUAAUACUCACUCAAUACUUUUGUAAAUUAAGUACUAUUCCUACCUCAAUGAAUAAGGGAUAAAUCGUUGCCAUCGCAAGCAUCAUAUUUAAAAAAAUAGAUUGCAGCAUGGUAAUUAACGAUAGUCGCUCGAAUAUAGUUCUUAAUUUAAAUAUUGUAAUAUUGUAUUAUUAUUAGUUGUAUUGUAGUUUAAACUUCUUGAAUCUAAUCUUAUUUGAAUCAAUGCUCAUCUACAACUUUAUUAUUAUAAUUUAAGUAAAUAAUCGUAUUAUAUACUGAAGAAUAAUAAACGAUACACAACACAAA